AUGUCGUCGACCGAUGAGAAGUACGGCAUCUCGGUAGAGCAUGGCUCGCCCGGCUCCGAUACCGACACCAAGCCUGCCGUGCCUGUUGGUCAUGGCGAGGCGACCAAGCUCGAGGGUGCGAAGACGAGGAAGGUUUACAAUGCCGACUUGUAUGCCGCCAUCAACGAUACUCCUAUCCCCAGAUGGAGCAAGGAGUCGAUCCACCUGUACUUCUGCAUCUUCGUCGCCUUCUGCUGUGCUUGUGCCAACGGUUAUGAUGGUUCGCUCAUGGGAGCCAUUCUCGCGAUGAAACACUAUCAGAAUACCUUCCACACCGGUUUGGACGGCCCCAAGGUCUCCCUGGUGACCUCCCUCUACACUGUUGGUUCCAUCGCCGCGACUCCCUUUAGUGCCGUUAUUUCCGACAGGCUCGGUCGUCGCAAGUGUAUGUUCGUGGGCGCCUGGAUCAUUAUCGCCGGUUCCAUCAUUAUCGCGACUGCGAACCAUCUUCCCCAGUUCUACGUUGGCCGCGUGGUUCUUGGUUUCGGUAUCCAGGUGAUGGUCGUGUCUGCGCCCGCUUACGCUGUCGAGAUUGCUCCUCCCCACUGGCGUGGACGUGCCGUUGGUUUCUACAACUGCGGCUGGUUCGGUGGUUCCAUCCCCGCUGCAGCCGUCACCUACGGCUGCAACAACAUCGACAACGACUUCUCGUGGCGUAUUCCCUUCAUCUUGCAGUGCUUUGCCUGUGUUAUUGUCAUCUGCUCCAUCUGGUUCAUUCCCGAAUCGCCCCGUUGGCAGAUCGCCCACGGCCAGGAGGAGAAGGCCAUCGCGUUCCUGACCAAGUACCACGGUAAUGGCAACCGUAAUGCCCGUUUAGUCCUCCUGGAGGUCGAGGAAAUGAGAGAGGGUAUUCGUUUGGAUGGUAUCGACAAGAGAUGGUGGGAUUACCGCCCGUUCUUCUUCACCCACAGCGGCCGCUGGCGUUUCCUCCAGGUCAUGAUGAUCUCCGUCUUCGGUCAGUGGUCUGGUAACGGUCUGGGCUACUUCAACACCACUAUCUACAACACCCUGGGCUACACUUCCAGCUCCAUGCAGCUGCUCAUGAACUUGAUCAACUCCAUCGUUUCCGCCAUCGGGGCUCUGACCGCCGUCGCCCUUACCGAUCGCAUGCCCCGUCGGAAGGUUUUGGUCUGGGGUACUCUUGCUUGUGCCAUCACCAUGGGCAUCAACGCCGGUGUCUCCGAGCCUCUGAUCAAGCAGACCGCCACCGGCAACAUCAACAAAACCUACGGCCAAACCGCCGUCGCCUUCUACUACCUCUUCAACUUCGUCUUCUCUUUCACCUAUACCCCUCUGCAGGGUGUCAUUCCUGCCGAGGCCCUCGAAACCACCACCCGUGCCAAGGGUCUCGCCCUGUCCGGUUUCAUGGUCAGCUGCAUCAGUUUCGUCAGCCAGUACGCCAGCCCGAUCGGUCUGCAUAAUAUCUCCACCCACUACUUUUGGAUUUUCGUCGGCUGGGACUUGUUCGAGUCUCUCUGCUGGUAUAUGUUUGGUGUCGAAUCCCAGGGUCGUACUCUUGAGGAACUCGAGUGGGUUUACCAGCAGCCCAAACCCGUCAAGGCCUCGCUCCAGGUCGACAAGGUUGUCGUCCAGCCCGAUGGACACGUCGUUGAGAAGAUCACCGACGAGGCUUGA